AGUUUGAAUCGUAGAAUCACCAGAUUAGGUCGAUGUGCUGGUUUCUCUAAGUCUUGAAUAUUCCUCAGUAACUUUAAACAAACUCUAGUUAGUUGUAAUGGCUGGAAUUAGGAAAGAUUUUCGGUCCAACCGUUUGGCUAUAUUCAUAAUUUGUUCAAUAUUUUUCCAAUUCGGUCAUUCUACCGACGAAUCAGAGAAAAAUACUGAUGGCCAAUGUAUAUGGUAUGGCGUUUGUAGAAAUUAUGAGGAUAGAGGCGUGGACAAGAGCCAGUAUUGCAGUUACAAUGGAACAGCCAAACUGUUGAGCGAGGAGGGACGUCAGAAUUUAAUGACGUACUGUUCGUAUUUAGAUCAAGGAGAAAACAACACAUUCACAUGCUGUGAUAGUGAACAGAUCGAAAUAAUGAAUGACAAUAUAGAAAGAGCGGAAUUCAUUCUCAGCGAUUGUCCGGCGUGUUUCCAUAACUUCGUGCAGCCGAUAUGUGCCAUGACAUGUAGUCCAAAGCAAUCGCAAUUUUUGAAGGUUAAUCAACUGGACGAUAAAGAAUCGGAAUAUGGGCCGUAUGUAACAAGCAUCGAUUAUGCGAUAAACCACCAAUAUAUCGAUGCCACAUUCCAGUCAUGCAAAGAGGUUAAAUUUCUAUUGAUCAUGAAAUCGGUGAAUAUGAUGUGUGGCGGUGCGAAGGAUGCUGACUGUACGUCACAUAAAUGGUACAAUUUCAUGGGUAACUAUGCAAUCAACAAAUACGUACCAUUCCAAACCAACUACAUCACAGAUCCCCUCAAUGGUUAUACCUCAUUCAAUCGAUCCACCGUACCUUGUUAUAAAGCAGUCAAUGAAUCGAAAGGAAAAUGUUCAUGCUCUGAUUGCAGUGGAUCUUGUGCCCCGAAUUGAAUACGACGGUGGACGGCAGUUUCUCUAAUUUCUCUAUUUCUAGUACUUUAUAUACAAAGAAUAUACUUCAAUUGAAUGUUGUUUGCUCAGUUUUUAGCCAUUUUCUUGAACAAGUUCAAUUGAUGGAACGAAUUUUGUGUGCAACUUGUGUUUUGAAAUAGUUUUAAUAGAAAAUUGUUAACAGGAAAUCGUGUUCAAUUAUGCAGAAAAACUUGAUGCAAAAUAAAGACGUUCACAUGUAUAUUCCGUGUGCGCAAAUGAAGGACUCUCUA